AUGCGACAUCUUCUACUACCUCUCCUAUUCUGUGCCCUAUCUACCGUAUCCAUAGCUCACAAGAUUCUCGUCUUUUCACCGACAAUCUCCGCCUCGCACAUGAUCUCGAAUGGGCGCAUCGCCGACGAGUUGGCCAAGGCCGGCCAUGAUGUGGUGCUGUUCGAGCCGGACUUGCUGAACAUGUGGCACCGGGUGAAGAAUGCGAAGCUGGCCCGGAAGUGGCCUGUUUUUGGGUUCAGCGACAAGCUGAGCAAGGCCGUGAGUGGGUUUUCGUCGGCGUUUGAUGACGAGAGUACAAUUACGUACACCGGCAACAUGAUCAGCUACUCAAAGGCCUUCACCGCGCAGUGCGGAGUUGAGGAACUCGAAAAACUCAAGGCCGAGAAUUUCGACGCGUUUUUCGGGGAGCAGCUGAAUGGAUGUGGACAUGGGCUGGCAGAGUAUCUAGGCAUAAAGCGGAAAUUUUGGAUCUCGAGUUGUCCCAUAAUGGAUCAUAUGUCAUGGAUUAUCGGCCUUCCCCACUCACUUUCCUAUCUACCUUCCGUCGGAAAUGUCGAUUUUGGCGAUCGUCCAAAUUUUUAUCAACGAUUCCAGAAUAUCGUCGAGUACUUGGCCAGUCAAGUCGGUUUCGGCUACGACGCGCACUACGGCCCGCUGGACGCGGAAUUUCAGAAGCGAUUUGGACCCGAUUUCCCGUCCAUCACUUCGAUCGAACGAUCGCCAGAUGUCAUCUUCGUUUCUACCGAUGAGCUAAUUGAUUUACCGAGGCCGAUAUUCCCUAAUAUCAUUCAUAUCGGAGGGUUGGGGAUGGAAGAUGGGGCUGUGAAACCGUUAGAUGAGCAAUUCACCCUCGAAAUGGAGGAAGGGAAAGAAGGAGUGGUCUUCUUUUCUUUCGGUUCGAAUGUGAAUACCUCUCAAUUGCCUGCUGAAGUCAUGAAGACUCUCUUCGACGUCUUCAAGACGUUCCCUGAUCAUCACUUCAUCGCCAAGAUUGAUCGUUACGACAAGGUAUCACCGACAUUCGCGGCGGGAGCCACAAAUGUAUUCCUGACAGAAUGGGCACCACAGAGCACUUUAUUGAGACACCCACGUCUACAAUGCAUGAUCGCGCACGGUGGCUACAACUCGAUAACGGAAGCCGCGCAUGCCGGAAAACCGAUGAUUACUAUUCCAUUCUUUGUUGACCAGUUUAGAAAUGGUCGUGUGCUCGAAAAAAAUGGCUGGGGAAUCCCGGUGCGACGGCAGGAUCUUCUAGCUGGAGGGCAGAAGUUGAAGGCAGCUCUUCAGGAAAUGCUGAACGACACGAAAUAUUCAGAAGGCGCCCUCCGAAUUCCAGCAAUGCUGAAGACCAAGCCGUUUUCAGCCUCCGAAAAGUUAUUAAAAUGGACGGAUUUCGCUAUCGCUUCGGGUGGUCUUCCAGAAUUGAAGACCCCAGCCGGCGAGCUGAGCAUUAUCGUCUACUAUAAUUUAGACAUUUUUGCCUGUAUUCUUGUCUUUUCGAUGUUUUUAUUGUAUAUAUUACUGAGUGUGACGAGCCAAAUGAGCAGCCACAGUGGCUCGGAUUACCUGAAAUUGGCCGGGCUGGUGGCUGGUGGGCUGGCUGUUGGGUAUUUUGUCGGCACAUUUGUGGGCCGGAAAAACGCGCGGGCAAAUCGGAUGAUAAAACUUGAUUGUGAAAAGGUUGUGGACACGAUUGACCUCUCCGAGAUCCAACGAAAACCCAACGGCCAAUGGCGAACGUUUUGCCGGUGCUGGAAGUCGAAGAAUUGGCCCUACUGCGACAACGCGCACAAGGAGCAUAAUUCGCGGUGCGGCGACAACGUGGCGCAGUUGCGAAUUCUGGAGUCGAAGAAA